CGCCGACAGGAACGUUCCCUCGCUCACUCAUCGUCCGGCGCGCGUCCGAUCUAGGAGUCAGGUGCCUCUCCUCUUCCUCUCGCUGACCCGCGUUCUCUCGCACUCGUACCUCGUUCUCACACACACAUACACAUACCAAGUAUCCAAAAUGUCUGGACUCGCGGAUCCCGUGGCUUUUGCCAAGGAUUUCAUCGCCGGUGGAGUGGCCGCGGCCAUCUCCAAGACGGCCGUCGCGCCUAUCGAGCGAGUCAAGCUUCUGCUGCAGGUUCAGCACAUCUCGAAGCAAAUCGCCGAGGACCAGCGUUACAAGGGUAUGGUCGAUUGCUUCAUCCGUAUCCCGAAGGAGCAAGGAUUCCUCAGCUACUGGCGUGGUAACUUCGCCAACGUUAUCCGGUACUUCCCAACUCAGGCGUUGAACUUCGCCUUCAAGGACAAGUACAAGCAGGUCUUCUUGGGUGGUGUGGACAAGAAUACGCAGUUCACGCGUUACUUCCUCGGAAACCUCGCUUCCGGUGGCGCCGCUGGAGCGACGUCUCUCUGCUUCGUCUACCCCCUUGACUUUGCGAGAACCAGGUUGGCUGCGGACGUCGGUAAGGCGGGUGGAGAGCGUGAGUUUUCCGGUCUUGGUAACUGCUUGACGAAGAUCUUCAAGGCCGAUGGCCUCGGCGGUCUCUACAGAGGAUUCGGUGUAUCCGUCCAGGGUAUCAUCAUCUACCGUGCGGCAUACUUCGGUUUCUAUGACACCGCUCGUGGCAUGUUGCCCGACCCGAAGAAGACUCCCUUCCUGGUUUCCUGGGGUAUCGCCCAGGCCGUCACCACUGUCGCUGGUAUCGUCUCGUAUCCCUUCGACACGGUGCGUAGGCGUAUGAUGAUGCAGUCCGGCCGUGCCAAGUCCGAGAUCUUGUACAAAAACACCCUCCACUGUUGGGCGACCAUCUACAAGUCCGAGGGUGGCAACGCCUUCUUCAAGGGCGCGUUCUCCAACGUCCUCCGUGGUACCGGCGGCGCCCUGGUACUCGUCCUCUACGACGAGCUGAAGAACCUAAUGUAAACCCGAGAGCCUGAUCGACACACACCUCGUCAUCACCUCCUUACCAUCCCAAUCACUUAUCAUGGCUACCAACUACCAUUAUUCGAACUACCAACACGAUUAUAAUACCCUCACCGAACCGGUACGAGAGAAAGGGUGUCCGCGCCGCGCGACCUAACGGGGAGAAUAAUUCAACGGUUCCAUCGAUCGCUCGAACACGAUUCUAGAAAAUGCUUAGAAAUGAAAAUAUAACAAAAAAAAAAGUGGGAUGUAAUAUUAAAUAAAAGACACAUGGGCGCGCCGCGGUCGGACGGAAUUUCACAUUCUGGGACUAGACUAGAUAACACUCGUUUAACUUAUUGCCAGACUCAGUAUUUUAAUUCCGCAAACGGGCAAGCCCAGUCUUAGUUCUUAGGGCCAUUCGUGAUGUGAGAGAUCGAUCCCCGGUAAACGUGGUUCUUUUUUUUUUAACUUUUUUUUUCUUUACCUCUGCUCUGGUCGCCGGUCAGGACACCGUAUGACGGGUCGUGGAUGAUCGUCUACGAUCUGUCGAUUUAUGGAGAGAUUCAUUAAGAUCGGGUGGGAAAAUCGAGCCGAUCGUAAUGGCGACGCAGCGAGAGGGACGCGCGCGGCGAAGAUACACAGCGAUGGCGGGGCGCGUAGACCUGGGCCGCCCCCCGCCCAUAUUCUCGGCCCGUUGUAGAUAAUUAAAUAAUUCGUAACUUACUAUUGAGAGAGAGAACGAUCAUUAAAGUAACUCGUCAGCAACCGUCUGCCCGUUUCAGGGGUGGCCGGUAUAUUUAAUUUCGCACUCCAGACGACUACCGCUGUAAGAUAAUCAAAGAGAGAGACAAACGAUUCUUUUUUUUUUCCGAGUGUAUGCACCGGAUCUGUUCAUGUUAGGAUCUGUGCAGCGAACAGCAACUCAAUAAAACCGACGUAAAACCUUA